AGUUAGCAGGAGCUGAGGUUAGCAGGAGCUGAGCUGAACAGGACGUUUUGUACUUUUGUAUUUACUUUACUAAAGGAUCUGAAUACUUCUUUCGUCACUGGUGUUGUUAAUGCUAAAGAAAUGUUCUUCUUUAAUCCCUCACUUUAAAACAGAUCCUCUCUAUAAAUUGUACAUUUAAAUCGCUCACUUGGACAAACCCACACGGUCAGGAUGGUUUCAUACAAGCGGCUGAACCCUGAGGAUGUUCAGUUCUCCAGUGCAGUGUUGACAGAGGAGCAACGUCCCGUCCAAGAAGAGAUUCCUGUGCAGGAGCCAGAGGAAGCCGCGCUGCUCCCACGAUUUCCGUCAUGCUCCAUCACCAAGUGCCUCCUGGUGAUUGGCUGCCUGCUGCUCCUCCUCUGCGGCGGCUGGCUACUGGGCACCAUGUUUUGGCUUCACGGGCCGUCCAACCGAGAACCACAUAGACCUCUGCCACCUGCCCCGGCACAGACUCCCCGAACAGCAGUAAACGACACUGCAGCUGCCUCCCGCCGUGAGGCUUGCAGUUUAAUCCCAGAGGCAUGGAGGUUCGAUUGCUACCCUGAGAGAGGAGUGGUGGUGACCAGAGAGAUGUGCGAGGCGAGGAACUGUUGCUUUGUCCCCGCCUCCUCCCCCUCCUCUUCUGCCAGCCGCCCAUCAGGGGGAAAUGGUAUCCCCUGGUGUUUCUAUCCUCCGGAUUUCCCUUCCUACUCGCUCGUGUCACUAAACGACACAUCCCUGGGGCAGAGAGGUACGCUCGUGAGGGAGAUGAAGACCUAUUACCCAGCAGACAUUCUCACUCUGGAGGUGGAUAUACGUCAUGAGACGGACACACGGCUGCGUGUCAGGAUAACCGACCCUUCCGAUGCACGGUUCGAAGUCCCGAUCUCUGUCCCCAAUGCCACCAAGAAGGCAGCCAGUCCUGACUAUGUUGUGGAGCUUUCAAAGGAGCCAUUUGGUCUCAUUGUGAAGAGAAGAUCGACAGGAGCGGUGCUUCUGAACACCACGGUGGCUCCUCUCUUCUAUGCCGAUCAGUUCCUCCAGUUCUCCACCUCCCUGCCCAGUCAGUUCAUCUACGGCCUGGGGGAGCAUCGCUCCGCCUUCCUUCACGACGUCCACUGGAACACGCUCACCAUGUGGGCCAGGGACGUCCCUCCUACGGAAGAGACAAACCUGUACGGAGCCCAUCCCUUCUACCUGGCAAUGGAGGAGGGAGGGAUCGCACACGGCUUCUUCCUGCUCAACAGCAACGCGAUGGAUGUGGCCCUGCAGCCGGCCCCGGCCCUGACCUGGCGUUCCAUCGGGGGAAUCCUCGACUUUUACGUUUUCCUUGGUCCUGAUCCCGGUUCAGUUAUUGAGCAGUAUGUGGAAGUCAUAGGAUUCCCGGCUAUGCCGAUCUACUGGGCUCUAGGAUACCACCUCUGUCGCUGGGGCUACAAAACAAGUGAUUCUACCUGGGAGGUUGUCAAGAAGAUGAGGAAUUAUGGGAUGCCUCAGGACGUCCAGUGGAAUGACAUCGACUACAUGGAUCAAUAUCUGGACUUUACGCUCGAUCCAACGAGUUUUGCGACGCUGCCCGACCUGGUCAAGGAUCUGCACGAUCAUAACCAGCGCUAUGUCAUGAUCCUGGACCCGGGUAUCAGUAGCACUCAGCCUGAGGGCUCGUACUGGCCGUUCGAUGAAGGACUGAAGAGAGGAGUUUUUAUUAAGGACGCUGAAGGAAAGACACUCAUUGGGAAGGUGUGGCCUGGUUUGACAGCGUACCCUGACUUCUCUGAUGAAGUGACACAUGAGUGGUGGUAUGAAAACCUCCAGAGGUUCUACGAUAAAGUGCCAUUCGAUGGAUUAUGGAUUGACAUGAAUGAGCCGUCAAACUUCCUGGAUGGAUCCACUAAUGGCUGUCCAUCAAACAGUCUUGAGAAUCCUCCUUACACACCUGGUGUACUUGGAGGUUUGCUGAGAGGAAAAACAAUUUGUGCAACUGCACGACAAAAGCAGUCGAUACACUAUAAUAUGCACAGUCUGUAUGGACUCAUGGAAGCUAAAGCAUCUGCCAGCGCUCUGAAGAGGAUCGUUGCAAAAAGACCGUUCGUGAUCUCUCGCUCCACCUUCCCCAGUCAGGGGAUGUAUUCUGGUCACUGGCUGGGAGACAACAGGAGCCAAUGGAAAGAUCUUUAUUCCUCAAUAUCAGGUAUGUUGACCUUCAACCUCCUGGGCAUCCCGCUGGUGGGGGCAGAUAUCUGUGGCUUCAGCGAGGAGCCGCAGGAGGAGCUGUGUGUCCGCUGGACGCAGCUCGGAGCUUUUUAUCCCUUCACACGCAACCACAACUCCAUCGACAUGCAGCCUCAGGAUCCGACAGUUUUCAGUCCACUGUCUCGUACGGCCAUGAAAGAGGCUCUGCUGCUGCGUUAUUCCCUCUUCCCCGUCCUCUACACUCUCUUUCAUCACGCACAUGCACACGGACACACUGUUGCACGUCCACUGAUGUUUGAGUUUCCAAAAGAUGUGGGAACCUAUGGGAUUGACAAACAGUUCCUGUGGGGGAAGAGUUUGUUGGUGACACCAGUGUUGGAUCCCGGAGUCGACUAUGUGGACGGUUACUUCCCACAGGGGAAGUGGUUUGACUACUUCACUGGCGAUUCUCUGAUCAGUAAAGGUGAAGAGGUUCGACUUCAAGCCCCUCUAGAUAAGAUCAACUUGCAUUUACGUGAAGGAACGAUUUUACCAACACAGGUUCCCAACCUGACGCUGUGGGUGAGCAGCGGUCAGCCGCUCCACCUGCUCUCCGCUCUGUCUGACGACGGCUCAGCCGCUGGGGAUUUGUUCUGGGACGACGGCCAGAGCAUCGACACGUUGGAGACGGGCAGUUACAGCUACCUCCUCUUCAGCGUCACGCAGAAGGUGAUGACGUCACAGGUGCUCCACGGUGACAUCGAGGCCACGUACAUCACCGUGGAGUCGGCCUCCUUCUACGGUGUGAAGGAGAAGCCCAGCAGAGUGAUGGUGAACUCCCAAGAUGCAGCAUUCACGUACAGAGCCAACCAGGUGUUGACAGUUUCAGAUCUCGGUCUCAACCUCAGUCAGAACUUCACCAUCAGCUGGAUGUGAUGACAUUUGAAUGAGUGAACGCAGCCGAAGUGAUGCUUUUCAUUGUUUGGACUCUUUAAUCCAGAACACUGGAUGGGGAAAUAACUGUGAGAGUUGAACUUUGACUGAACACCAGGCUGAGAAGCAGCGUUUCACCUGAACAUCACUGGUUUUAGCUUUUUAAAUCCAUUUGGGUCUAACGCGAUUGAGCUCAGCGCCAAAACAAAACCCAGUUUGGACGGAUGAUGUGACUGAAGAUGAGUUUGUGUUAAUUCUAUUCAUCGUGCGACGUCAUCUCACAAACAUCAAACGCACUGAAGCUCCUCUGGGGGCAGAGCGGUAGUUUAGACUCUGCUUUGAAUAUCUGACAUUAAUGACACUCGCUGAGGAGAUUUAAACAAAACAAAAAAAACAGCUUUGCUUUGUACAUCAGCUUUAUUUUCAGCUCAGUUCAGUCGACUGAGCACUUAAUUAAAUUGAAUUAGCAGAAAGAUGACGUGCAAUAAACAGAAGAGACUGAUAAUCACCCUCCUGCAAAGGGGACGGGAGCCUGAUGUAGUAAAUUCUAUGUGUUUAAUGCUGUUUACAGCCGAUUGUUGCACUAAUUGUUCUGCAGUGUUGUAAAGGACGACACAGGUGCCUUACGAUUCCUGUUUGUGUGUUUCUGAGCGUUUCUGGGUUUGUUCCGUUCUAGUCUUUUAUUCAGUGCACUGCUUUGCCUGUAGACAACGGUAGAUCUGUGAAAUUACACUUGCAUCAGCUGUAACUGUUCUGUAGACGUACUGUGACGCUUCUGUCAGUGGACUGCAACCAACACCUGAAGCUGGAAACAUCUUCUUGAGCUGGUUUAGUCAAGUUUUCAAGCUGUUACAUUAAUUCUGCCUAAAUCUGACCGUAAAGCUGUGGAAACGUGAUCUGAACUUUCUGCACCUUAUAGAACAUUUGAAAAUAGUUUCAUCAGUGCAUGUGUACUCGUGUUAAUGGAACUGAAACGGUGACGCCGACAGAUCCCAGUGUUUCUUCAGUGAGCUUUGUUUUCUGAAUUUAAAUUUUUAGAGUUUUAUUGGAUCUUUUUUUUUCUUUAAGGACACGUAAAGUAUAAAAUGAAGAAUAUUUCAGGGCAGAUUUCAGAUUGUUAAACUAAUCACUUCAUUCUCUGUGUUUUGAACUUUUAAAUUAUUUUACAUGUUUUAAGUCGUGUUUUGAGUUCUGACAAGAUAAGAAGAUUAUAUCUGAAUAAAGUUUAUUUUGAUCUUG